CGCUUGCAGCUGGCGGAUAGAAGGAAAACUACGAGCAUUCAAUGAAUCUGCUAAUCUGCUGGAUGUGCUCCACGCUGCUGUGCUUGGCCAGCUUCGGUUCCAUUGCUCCUGUGAGUGGCAUGUUCUUUGAGCUGCCGGACAGUAAGGACGAUGAUUUCAUGGGCGGUAUAAGGCAAUACUUUGGCAGCCUCACAGCAGAUUCUGGCACUCCAGACACGAACGCCGGCCACAACAAAACAGCCGGGCCAGUGGAGGAAUCAUCAGGCUUUUACGAUGAAGUGGACACGGCACUCGAACAUGCAACAGAUACCGUCGACGGUCUCUGGCAGCAAUUUAGAAAGGGUCUGCUUAGUCUAAUGGGCAGUUUCAGUGGCGGUGAUGAUGGCAGCGAUGGCGAUGUUCCAACGUCGACUCCCAGUUCGCAGCAAACGAAGCCAAUUUCGAGUGAAAUAUAUUCCACCAAGAACAGCAGCAACAGCAACAACAACUAUUGCCCCACUGGCAACAACAACCAUAGCAACAACACCAGCAGGAACUUCAUCGACAGUAACCGCUACUACAGUCGUCCCACCCAGCUUCACCACCACGUUUGGCCCAAUAUGUCGCGGGACCCCGACCCCAAUGCCAACGCGUUGGUCCGUGCCAUCAUUCGCUGA